AUGACCGCAUCUACGAACGCGGAGCCCAAGGAAGUGGAGAAGAAGCUGCUGAAGACUUUUUUCGAAGAAGACCUGGUCGAAAAGCUGCUCAUGAAAGAGCUCCACAGCAGCAGCUGCUCCCUACUCACGACUUUCAAUGCUUCAGAGCUGCAUCCCUUGCCAAGGCUACGCGCGGAAAACCCGCAAGAUUGCGAAGAAGUCGACACCACCGAAGUGGACGAAGAAAUGACGCCCACAGAGGAGGACAGCCAGCAGUACGAAGCCAACGAAUCACCGUUGACCGAGAGCCAUCUGACCCAGGUGCCUUCACGAUACCAGGGCGCCCCAACGGACUGGCUGGAAGUUGGCUUGUACGCCUGCACUUUGGCGUGCGAGUACGAAGGAGUCCGCGCUACCUUGAAGACGAUCCGAAGCAUGUGCUACUUGUUGAAGAAGCAAGACGAUCUGCCAGAUUGGAUCUUCAUGUCGGAGCGACGAAUCCGCAGCCUGGCAAAGGUCUCGAAGAACUUUCGCCUGUGUGAACAGGAUCAUGAAACAGAGAUCCUCUUCGUUGUGAAGCCGCCGUCGUAUGUCAGGGAGAUCGACGAGUGUUCUGAGAGUGACCUUCUUGGCGCCUGCUUGAAGGCACUUCCUGUGAGAUGCUCCAAACGAGGGGACUGGUGCUUGGGCUUAGCAGGUGCCCUACGCGAGGAGCUCGUCAAGAAGCCCCGCCUCUGUGAAAUCCGGCGUGUGAUAGAAACCCUGUUGGAGUCAGAACAGGCUUCCGUCCAUGGUUGCGGUCGCUGGCGAUUAGAGUUGGCGAAGAUGGAAGAAUCCUCAGAACCGACGCUCGUCGUGCUACUGGCUGCAGGUGCCACGCUGAUGCAACCAGCGGCUGCGUCUGCGGAGACCAAUGACGAGCUGAUAGCAUUGCUUAGGCAAGAUCGGGAGCUUUUGGACCCUCUUCCAAAGAUGCUGAAGGACCAGAAAUGGGACAACGUCCGCUCCGUGCUGAAGACGCCUCCGGUGUCUUACCUCUGGAACCUCGGCCUGGAGAAGAACACCUUGAAGAAGUUGGGUGACAACUUGGGAGAGAUCCAAGUCUUGGAGCUCAUGGACGAGAUUGCAUCGUGCCCAUGCAGCAUUAUUCUCUUUCUCUCUCUCCAUCUCUCUCUCUCUCUCUCUCUCUCUUUCUGCAUGUCUGUGGCAAGCGAUAUGGUAGACUAG